AUGAACCGACUAUUUGGUGCCAAGAGCACGGCUCCCAAGCCGACACUGGAUAGCGCUAUCUCCAAUGUCGACACUCGCGUUUCCAGCAUAGACGUGAAGCUAGCGGCAAUCAACUCGGAACUCUCCACAUACCAAACAAAGAUUGCUAAGAUGCGCGACGGACCUGGCAAGUCUGCUCUUCGACAAAAAGCGCUCAAAGUCCUACAACGGCGCAAACAAUACGAGGCGCAGCGAGACCAGCUCUCCCAACAAUCAUGGAACAUGGAGCAAGCAGGCAUGAUGCAGGAUAAUUUGAAGAAUGUGAUGACGACGGUGGAUGCCAUGAAGACCACGACGAAAGAACUCAAGAAGCAAUAUGGCAAGGUCGACAUCGAUAAGAUCGAGCAGAUGCAGGACGAAAUGGCUGAUUUGAUGGAGGUCGGGAAUGAGAUACAGGAGAGUAUCUCUCGGGCCUAUGAUGUACCUGAGGAUGUCGAUGAGGCUGAGUUGGAUGCUGAGCUGGAAGCGUUAGGCGAGGAAUCUAUGUUUGAAAGCAGUAUGGGCGAGAGUGCCAUGCCGAGCUUCUUGCAGGAUGAGGUCGCUCCUCCGCAGUUCAUUGAUAGUCCGCCCGAGCAACAAAAGGUCAAGGAAGCUGCGGGUGGACUAGGGUGA